AUUUUAUUCCUGCUAAUGUUUUGGUAGGUCUUAGUGUGGUGUUUGCAAAUAGGCUGGUAAAUUAACUCAAAUAAUGGGCAGAAAAAAGAAGAAGCAGAUGAAGCCCUGGUGUUGGUACUGCAACAGGGACUUUGAUGAUGAAAAGAUUCUCAUUCAGCACCAGAAGGCCAAACACUUUAAAUGUCACAUAUGCCACAAGAAGUUAUACACUGGUCCUGGUUUGGCCAUCCACUGUAUGCAGGUUCACAAAGAAACUAUUGAUGGAAUUCCUAAUGCAAUACCUGGAAGAAUUGACAUCGAGUUGGAGAUCUAUGGGAUGGAGGGUAUUCCAGAGAAAGACAUGGAGGAGAGGAGACGUGUUCUUGAACAGAAAACCCAUGACAAUCAGAAGAAAAGACAGAACCAAGAUGACUCUGAUGAUGAUGAUGAGGACGAAGAGGCUGGGCCGUCCUUCCAACAGCCAGCAGCAUCAGCUCAGCCUCAGGCAGCAUAUACCCCUAUGACCCAGCCAGGAAUGGCCCCUGUCCCAGCACCAGGAAUGCCACAUGGAACCUACUCAGGAAUGCCCCCUAUGAUGCCUGGUGUUCCCCCAAUGAUGCCAGGGAUGCCCCCUGUAAUGCCAGGGAUGCCUCCAGGCAUGAUGCCACUGAGUGGAAUGAUGCCACCAACACAUGGAAUGCCACCAAUGAUGCCAGGCAUGCCACCAGGAAUGCAUCCUCCUAUGGGCCCUCAUCCUGGCAUGCCCCACAUGGCUCAGGCCCCUCCCACCAGGCCAGCUUUGCCUGCCGUCACAGUGCCUACGCCACAACCAGGUGUCUCCAAACCACUGUUUCCCAGUGCAGGACAGAUGGGGACUCGAGCUCCAAGCACAAGCUCAGCCUCCUCCAGUCUGGACACUUUGUCAGCAUCCUCUAAACCAUUGUCACAAGUCCAGCAGGCUGGUUCCAGUGCAGCAACAAGCUCAUCUGCUGCUCCUCCUGCUGCCCCCAAACCUACAUUCCCAGCCUACACCCAGUCCUCCACCCCUGCUGCCAACACCAGCAGCACAGUGGCUAAACCAGCCAUCCCAGUCACAAGUAAGCCCGCCACCCUCACCACCACCAGUGCAACCAGUAAGUUGAUCCACCCUGAUGAAGAUAUCUCACUGGAGGAGUUGAGAGCACAGCUGCCUCGCUACCAGUGUAAAGUCCCCAGUUCGGGACAGGCCCGUGUUACCUCCCCGCCAGUUGCAGCAAUGGGAGGAGUGUUUCCCCCUCAGCAGGGUAUUCCUGCACAUCAGCCAGGCAUGAGGCAUCCCAUGCAAGGCCAAUAUGGUGCUCCACCCCAGGGAGUGUCUGGAUAUGUCCCAGGAGGGAUGCCUCCCUAUGGACAAGCCCCACCUAUGGUACCUUCUUACCAAGCCGCUCCCCCUCGGCCUGCCAUAGGCAUGAGACCCCCUGUAAUGUCCCCUGGAGGCCGAUAUUGAAGCGUCACCACUGGUCUUCAUUAGGUUUGGUGAUUCAACCAUUUUACCAUCUAGUGGAGUGGUUUACAAUCCAGAUCAGUUACUAUUACCGUAACACUUCUUGUUCAAUGAGAAGAUGGAUAAACAAACUCUAACUCAUGGGACAUUUGAUUUUACAAAAUACUUUUUAUUUGGAUCUACCCUUUGUUGCCGAUCAUACAGUAUGGCUUUUUUUUCUCAUGUUUUGUUUAGGUUUUUAGAAGUGAAGUGUAGUAAAUAUGGUUCGUAUUAAUUUGAAGCGGCUGGAGUUUCGUACAGCACCCUUUAUCAAGGCAAGUCACUGUAAUUAUACUACUGUACUAAAAGUGUGAAGCCUUCGCAGCACCCAUAGGUGCUGUUGGACUUCCUGUCCCCAGCUUUGCUUGGUGAGGGCUUCAGAUAGCUGUCACUGUUGGGUUUAUUUUUGUAUGUCUGCUUGUCUACAUUUGCAGUGUUCACUCUGUAGGGCAAAUAACAACAUAGAACUCCUGUGAAUGCUAUCUGUAUUGUUCCACAAUUAAUUGUAAUAAACUGAAUUGAAAUCUAAUGACUGUAUUUUCAUGAGCAAGUAAAGGACAAUACCACAAGGUUUGUACUACAAAUAACUUGCAUGAUGCCCAUUAAGUUUGCUGAAAUUAAAGCAGUGUUUACAUUGAACUGGAAUGUGUUUACGGGCACAAGAAAACCAGAAUAGAAUUGUAGCGUCAUGUUUUAAUUUAAAGGGGUCAUAUCGUGUGCAAUCAUAUUUUCUUCAUAACUUGUGAUGAAAUUUCAUCACACUAUUUAAACAUACCGUAACUUUCAAAUGUAAAAACUUGCUCUGCAGUCCAAAAAAAAACACAAUUUCUUGAAUGUGAGCUCCAGAAACGGACGAUUUCUGAUGUCCGAAACCUCAAACAUUUACACCUCAGUGAUGCUUAUUCUGUGUUCAGAAACUCGUGGUUUUUGAGUGAGUUAAACACAGAAGAACAACAAGAGUUGUGGGAAUGUUUGCCUUGUGCUGUCCUGGCUGCAUGUAGCACCUGCCACUCUCUGUAUACUUCAGAUGGAUACCAAUGAAGCAGGUGGCUGAAGCUGAUUCUUAUUAAGGUCCCAGAUUAUUUCAGUCAGAGACAGAGGCUGUUAUUGAAGGAUGAAGCAGUGCAAACUAUGAGACUCAUUUCGCAUUUGAAGAUGGUGUUUACAUUAGUUUUAAAGGCAUAGCAGCAAGAAAAAAAAAAAAGCCAAUUUUAAUUCUAAUGGUCAGAGUAGAAAAUUACCUAAAAAAAAUAAGUGGACCUCAGGGGACAAAAUUAUGAUAUGACCCCUUUAAAAUAUUAACUUUCUGCUCCUUAUGCAAGGACAUAUGGCUACUAGAAAAAAUACAACACAACAAUUCAGAUGUCUCUGAAAAUUGCAAUCUUGAGAAAGUGAAAUAACGCUUGUGAAUUGUUAGCAGACUCAUUUAUGUCCAGUCUAAAGCAUAAUACUUGACUGUGGUUUUCAGAUGGUGGAAGGUAAGAGUGAAUGUAGUUCACUGUGGUUGUUGUCCUA